AUGUUGGCUGCCUCGUCUCCCAUCAACUACCCGCAGACCUCAUCGCCACCCCUGAAACGCCGCUUGCCCUCCCCUCCCCGAGGCAGCCAAAAUGCAUCCCAAAAGGCAAAGGCACGAACACGGGGCGGAUUCAUAGACGACGACUCCUCUGAUGAUGAAGACGAGCUAGGAAACAACACUGGCCCUGCCCCGAAAAGAAUACUGGUGGACGACAAGACGACACAAGAAGAGGCCCUUCCAAAUCCUCACAAUGAUUACAACGAACUACCAUCCCAAACCGUCGCAUUAGAGCCCGCUGUCGACUUGGAAGAGGAGAGACGAUAUCAGGCGCUGUUCGAUAGGCCCAUCACGCUAGAUGACCCAGAGGACGAUGGGGAUGCUGUAGGGCUGGAUUUGGAGACGCUGACCCGCACUCUCAAUAUCGAAACCUGCUCGGGCAAGCAACUCCCUAUCAGACACAGGAAGCCAACCAAGCCUGCAAACUACAAGGACAUGGUGGCUUCUCGGUCCCGACACAAAGAGGGCCGUGCCAAGAAAAGCUACUACGGGAUUGCGAUACAUUCUCUUAUUGAUGCCGCCGAAGAAGAAGAAAAACAGCUGCGGGCAAAGCAAUCGGCGGCCAAUGUCCCUGUCUUGAAGGCGAGACCAGAUCACGCCGUUCCGUCAAUUGAAACUCAUGCGUCCGAGAGCAACGCGGGCCGGAAGCCCAAGAAGACCCUGCUUUGGACCGAAAAGUACAGAGCAAAAAACUUCAUGGAUCUUGUUGGUGACGAUCUCACGAACAGGCAGGUUCUCCGCUGGCUUAAAAGGUGGGAUCCCCUAGUGUUUCCCCACGCAGCCAAGUCCAAAGCUGCCGCCAAAGCGUCUCGACGGGGUGCGGCUCAUCAGCAGCAGCAGACGGAAGACGAUAAACCUCACCGGAAAAUUCUCAUGCUCACUGGUCCACCUGGCUUGGGAAAGACCACAUUGGCCCAUGUUUGCGCCAAACAGGCCGGCUAUGAGGUGCUCGAGAUCAACGCCAGUGACGACAGAAGUCGGGAUGUCGUGCGCGGUCGCAUCAGGACCAGUCUGGGCACCGAGAACGUCAAGACAGUUGAGCAGCACAAGUCUGCGGACGGCAAGCCUCCGAAAGUCGCCCGUCCUGUCUGCGUCGUAGUUGAUGAGGUCGAUGGAGUCGUCUCAGGGUCCGGCGGGUCCGGCGAGGGCGGCUUUGUCAAGGCGUUGAUCGAUUUGGUGAUGACUGAUCAAAAGAACAGCGCCUCAGGUGCUAGUAGCUCCAGCAAGACCAACCGGCGCAAGAAGGGCGAUGACUUUCGACAGAUGCGGCCGCUUGUUCUCAUCUGCAACGAUGUCUAUCACGUCUCGCUUAGGCCAUUGCGGCAGUCUGGACUUGCCGAGAUUGUUCACGUCGGCAAGCCAACCAUCGAUGCUGUGGUGACGCGCCUCAAGAGCAUCUUUGACAAGGAGGGUAUCCCGUGUGAAAAGGAUGCGGCACGCAAGCUGUGCGAAUAUGCUUGGGGCAUGAACAGUGGGAUUGACACCCGUCGUGGCGCCGAGAGCACGGUAGAGGGUGAUCUUCGUGGCGUUAUGGUUGUGGGAGAAUGGGUUGCAGGCCGUGUCAAAGCACUUUCAGCGCAAACCGGUGAGCCGCCACGUCUGACAAGACAAUGGAUUGAUCAGAACGUUGCUGCUGAGCUGGCACAUGGUGGCGGAGGAGCCAGGGGAUUGGGCAGAGGCAGUGCCAAGGAUGUUGUUGCGCGGAUAUUUCAGGAGGGUGCUGGCUUCCCCAAGCAGCAGCAGGCCGUGGACAAGAGCAACAAACAUGCCCGACGCGAGCAACCCACUGUUCAACUUGGCUUUGGAGAACAAGAAAAGAAGCAAGCCAUGGAGCGCCUCGGCGAAAUGGUCGCAGCCAGCGGCGAGGUGGAUCGCAUCAUGACCGAGAUCUUUGCAGAGUGGCCAAACCGCGAGUUUAGCGACGACUGUUACUUGUCAAAGCCCAACACAGCAUACGAGUGGAUGGACUUUCACGAUUCUUGCUCGUCUCGUCUCUUUUCAAGCCAAGAAUGGGAGCUGGCACCGUACCUAAGCCAGCCGGUUCUCGCAUGCCACCACCUCUUCGCAUCACCCCGUCGACAUAUCGCCUCCAAUGCAGGCUAUGACAAGAAAUGGGGUGCAGAUGCCGAAGCCGAAAAGGAUGUGGCGCCUGUUCCAUUCUCAGGCCCGCGCGCCGACUAUGAGGCGCGUGAGGCAGAAAAGCACAACCGUGCCAUGCUCCAGGCCAUUCAAGCACAGCUGACUCCGGCGUUGGGCAGAGCUUUCCGGAGUCCUGAGCAUGUGGCUACUGAUUUUCUACCAUAUCUUGUGCGACUCGUGUCUCCCAACGUCAAACCUGUGGUAGUUGGCGGGAGCGGAGGUGGUGAGAAGGGUAUGAGCUCCAUCGCGAGCGUUCGCCGCGAAUCAGAAAAGCUCAUGGUCAAGCGAGCUGCCGAAGUUCUCGCCGAGGUGGGCAUCGAGCUAGUCAAGGGCAAGAUUGAAGAGGCAAAUCCGUCAGCAUUCAGCAGGACGCAGUGGGUUUACCGGAUGGAACCUGAUCUCGAUGCUCUAUCGACCUUCGAAACCAUGGGCGCCUACGUCCUUGGCACACAAGCACCAACUAGGUACGCCGUUAGGCAGGUUCUCGACCAGGAACUACAAAAGACCAUUGCCCUCCGCCAAAAUGCAGCCAGACAAGCCCGAUUCCAGGCGGGCAAAGGCACAAGUGGCGGCAACGACAAGGAGCUGCAUGAGUUUGACGACAAAGAGAACAAGAAAGGCGGCAAGAUGCCCGAUGCUGGCGCAGCUCUCGCGGCCGCUGUACCCGCUGUCAAGCGGGACUUUUUCGGCAGGAUUAUUGUGGAAGAGCCAAAACCAUUGCGCGACCCGGAUGGGAAGUCGAGGACGUCCAAGAAAGCUCCCUCUGGCGGGGAGGGCAAAGACCAUGAUAAGAUGAUUUGGGUAACGUACAACGAGGGACUGAAUAAUGCAGUCAGGAAACCAAUAUCUUUAGAGGAGUUUCUCUGGGGAUUGUAA